UGUUUUUAUUCAAGAGUCGCGCAUCUAUCUUCAUCAUCAUCCUCAGCUGAGCCGACAACAGCAAACCAAAAAAGCGAUUUCGGCCUCCAAAUUUGCGGCCGAAACCGUGUGGAAAGUGCGCAUUUUUUCGAAAAGCGUUGAAUUAAUCUCAUAGAGCAGAGCCGCCACGAAAAUGACGACGACGACGGCCAUGGACUCGGCGCACCGAAUGAAUACGGCCGCCCUGAAGAAGGUUGAUCAGCACAUGGUGCAGAUCCUGGACACGGCGGCCCACGUGGCGUUGUACUCGUUCAACAACGACGAGAACAAAUGGGAGAAGACGGAGAUCGAGGGUGCCCUGUUCUUGUACAGCCGGGACACGCAGCCGUCGCACGCGUUUAUCAUCAUGAACAGGCUGAACACGAAUAACCUCGUGGAGAUAGUCAAGCCGAGCCUCGACUUCCAGAUCAAGGAGCCCUUCCUGCUCUAUAAGACCGGCCAGGCUAGCAUUUUCGGAAUUUGGUUCUACAACAAGAACGACUGUCACAGGUUCUCGCAGAACUUGGACAAGUUGGUCAAGAGUCUGAGCAAGUCGCCGCCGCAGAAGCGUGGCGACGGCGUCGGUGGGGUAGACAUCUUCGGCAUGCUCAGCAAGGCGCAAGAGGAUUUCAACUCAAAAAAGAAGACCAGUUCAGACGCGCCACAGAGUGUGAUGGAAUUUUUCGCAAAGGCUGCACCUAAAGAGGCAUUCCCGCCGCAGCCCGUGCAGCCGGUGGACGCGAUCAAACCGCUGCUGAUGCGCAUCAUGUCCAACCCGGCCAACACGCUCGAGCACAUCGAGAAGCAGCAACGCUCGACGACGCCGUCCGACCUGCCCAAGCAGCAGCAGCAGCAGCAGCAACAGCAGCAUCAGCCGCCGCCGCCGCAGCCACAGCAACCGGCACCAGUGACGCCGCAGCAAAUGGUGGCGGCGCCGCCUCCUCCAGCGCCGCAGCCGCUCCCCCUGGUCGGAAUGCCGUCGCCAGUGACGCCGUCGGCGGCCGUGUUAUUCGGCACGCCACCCUCAGUGUCGUCGCUGCCCACACUGGCCGACAUCGAGGCCAACCGCGUCAAGGUGGACCAGCCGGCUCUCCUGCCGCCAAAUAUGUUCACCAAUAGAUCUCAGGAGCCCGUCAGGUGGCAGGUGCGUCAAAAUUUUCGCUUUCCUUACCUCAAGAUGGGUGACGACAUUUCGCCGCUCGAGUCGACGCCCAAGGCGGAGCCGGUGGUGGUUGUAAAGCCGGAGCCGCUGACGAGGAAUCAGCUGCUGCAGGCCGUGUCGUACCUGAUCAAGCACGAUCCCGAGUUCGUCACCAAGCUGCACGAGGCCUACGUCAAGUCGUUCAACGAGAUGCUGUAGCCCUCGUACAUUCCCAGACAGAGACCGAGCGACGCAGCCACAACCGGGUCAUCGGCCGACUUGAAAGGACAUUUUGACGACGACGACUCGGCAGCAACAAUUAAUCGUGCACAUCCCCUCGUCAUCCAGAUUGUAUAAAUGUUUUCGGAAAGAAACGCAUACUUUGUUCGCUUCAAGCAAUCGGAAAAUUGCUUUCGAUUUAUUUCCUAUGUAGAAAUAUGACAGAACAUGGAUUAAUAAGAGACCAUGACAAGUGUUUUCUAAUAUUAACUUAUAUCAUCAUCAUCCACAUGACAAAAAUAUAAAAUACGAUUUUUGUUAUUUUUUUUUCUUUGCAAGAAACCGUCGAAUUUUUUCAUUUUAUUCAUUUUCUUCCUUGGUUCUCCCCGAAACGAAAGCUGGGGCCGGCUGGCGAGUUCGGAAGUGCUAAUUUUGCGCGAGCAGGCCCGCAAAAACCGAGAAACCGAUUCCAACGACAUCACAAAAGGCUAGCACUGAUGGGGGGGCGUUGUUUCAUGUGAGUGUGUGUAUGUGGUAUGAUUGUAUCGAACACAGAAAGCGAAAACAAACACCGACCGACUGACAGGCAACGGAGGAGUAAAAUGCGUGUAUAAUCAUGGCAGAGAUCGACAGCACCGAACGGGGAUCGAAGCAAUCAUCAAUUGGAGGAGAUUUUGUGCAGCGGCAACAUGAGCAAUCAAUCAUUCUAAUUCGGGAAUGCUUGGUGUUUCCUACUACUUGUGUGUGUGAGUGAG